UCGCUUUAAUUUGUCUUUCACGUGCCCAAAAAUGGUGGGCGGUAAUCAUGCUCCUGCUCCUCCGGCACCGACCGUUUGCGUCACCGGAGCUUCUGGAUUUGUCGGCUCUUGGCUCGUCAUGAAGCUCCUUCAACGAGGCUACAUUGUCCAUGCCACAGUUCGAGAUCCUGGGAACACCAAAAAGGUGAAACACCUGCUAGAACUGCCGAAAGCCGAGGGGAAUUUGAAAGUGUGGAAGGGGGUGUUGGAGGAAGAAGGAAGUUUUGAUGAAGCCAUUGCAGGGUGUGAAGGGGUGUUUCAUGUUGCCGCUGCUGUGAAUUUCGCCUCCAAGGACCCUGACAAUGAAGUAAUAAAACCAGCAGUUAAAGGGAUACUGAGCAUCAUAAACUCUUGUGCGAAAGCCAAAACCGUGAAGAAGCUGGUUUUCACUUCCUCUACUGCAGCUGUCCACAUUAAACAAACCCAACAGCUGGUGUACGAUGAGAGCAGCUGGAGCGACCUGGAUUUCAUAUACGCCAACAAAAUGGGUGGAUGGAUGUAUUUUGCAUCCAAGACACUGGCGGAGAAGGAAGCAUGGAAAGCAGCCAAAGAAAAGGAGAUUGAGUUCAUCAGCAUCAUACCACCACUAGUCAUUGGCCCAUUCCUCAUACCAACAUUCCCACUCAGCCUUGUCACUGCACUCUCACCAAUAAUGGACCCAGUAGGGAACGGAUUUCACCACAACAUCAUCAAGCAAGGCAAAUUUGUGCAUCUGGAUGAUCUCUGCGAGGCUCAGAUAUUCUUGUACCAGCAUCCCAAAGCACAAGGAAGAUUCAUCUGUUCUUCCCACCAUGCCACCAUUCACGAUGUGGCAAAGAUGAUCACACACAACUGGCCUGAAUACUACGUCCCUUCUGAGUUUAAGGGCAUUGAAAAGGAGUUGGCAGUAGUGUCAUUUUCAUCCAAGAAGUUGCAAGAGAUGGGGUUUGAGUUCAAGUACACACUUGAGGACAUGUACAGAGGAGCAAUAGAGACGUUGAGAAAGAAAGGUUUACUUCCCUAUUCUACUAAAGAACCUGCUGACAUUGAACAAGAACAACGUAGUGGGAAAGAACCAAAGAGUUGACAUGAAUGGAUAGGAAGAAAAUCACACCAAUUAUUGCAAAAUCUAAGGAGUUUGAAAAAACUCAUCUUAUUAAUUUGUCUUUAAUUUUCAUUUUCUCAAUCAAUUAUUUCAUGCAAUUACUAGCUAGUGGCGAUGUGUUAUUGAAUGAGUCAACUGGCCUGGUUUGAUGAAUAAGGAACCUAGUUAGGGAAUGAGUCAAACUGAUUUGAUAAAUGAGGAAUAAAACGACAAAUGAGUCAUUAAAAGAUGUAAAUAAGAAAUGACAUUGAUCUCCCUGACCUCUAAUAUGAAACAUUAAAGACACACAUUUUUACCA